UAAAUCAAUCUCGAUCUCCAUCUCUGUUAGUUGUUAAGAUUUAGCUUCAUUCUGCUCUCCUCCUAGCUAGCUUGUUUCUGGUAUUCCAGUUUCUUGCUUAGCUUAACUGCAACUAAAAAUUAAUAGCAAAUAUCUUCAGCAGUCAGAGUUGGCGGUGGGAUACAAAAAUUGAACGGCACAGAUGACUUGGUGGAGGUUGAAUAGCGCAAUCAACGCAGAGGACUUUGAUGAAUCGUCAGUCACCAGCAAAAGAGAGGAAGAAACAGGAGAAAUGUGUGUGGUUUCUCAAGAAGCAAUCAAUGAGUUUGGGGCAUUGAUGGAGCAAGUGGAUGAACCACUCGAGAGGACUUUCCAGAAUAUUCAUCAAGGACAUCCACAUGAAACUCUAGUGCGUUUCCUAACGGCAAGAGAAGGAAGUGUUCCUAAGGCCCACAAGAUGUUGGUGGAUUGCUUAAAAUGGAGGGUGCAAAAUGAGAUAGAUGAUAUCUUAGCAAAACCUAUCAUUCCUACUGAUCGUUACAGAGAUGUACGAGAUUCACAUCUAGUUGGACUUUCUGGUUACACAAGAGAGGGUCUUCCAGUAUUUGCUUUUGGUGUGGGUCUAAGCACAUUUGACAAAGCAUCGGAUAAUUACUAUGUACAAUCUCACAUUCAGAUCAAUGAGUAUAGGGAUCGUGUGGUUCUGCCUACUGCAUCAAAGAAGCAUGGGAAACAUAUUAGCAAAUGCAUCAAGAUUUUUGAUAUGACCGGCCUUAAACUUUCAGCUUUGAGCCAAAUAAAGUUAUGCACUGUUAUUUCAUCGAUUGAUGACCUGAAUUAUCCAGAGAAGACAGUUACAUACUACAUUGUGAAUGCUCCCUAUAUUUUUUCGGCUUGCUGGAAGGUUGUCAGACCUCUUCUCCAGGAGAGGACGAGAAAAAAAAUUCAAGUUUUAUCGGGUUGUGGACAAGAUGAUCUGUUGAAGAUAAUGGACUACUCGUCUCUCCCCCACUUCUGUCGUAGACAAGGUUCUGGUUCUUCCCGAUAUUCUGAAGGAUCAUUUGAAAAUUGCUUCUCCUUGGACCAUCCCUUUCACCAACAACAUUACAAUUACAUGAAGCAGCAGUCAUUAAUUCGCGAGCCUCGUGGUCCACUAAAACAGGGCUCUGUUCAUGUGGAUUUCCCCGAGACUGACACAGAAGGAACAGAGCUUGUCAAGACAAUGGCAUCUGAGUUACAAAAACUUGGAAAUCAAGAUGGGCUUGCCGAGUCAAUGGAAGACCUGAAAAUUAACAAUCACCAUUGAUAGAUCGAGUUGAGUUCUCUGUUAUUGUUUCUUUUGCUGCUCGGGCUCCGGUGAUGUCUGUAGUUGUCCAUUAUCAACUUGGAUGCUCUACCUUCUAACCAACGUCUUUCUUUCGUGUAGAGAAGUAGCUUAAAAUUAUACUAGAUCUUUUUUUUUUUUUUCCCUACAACAUAGACUUAUAUAUAUUAUAUAUGUGUAAGCUAACAUGCAAGUUGCAACCUCAAAUUUGAAACUAUAAGUUUGCAUGGGUGUACUGUGUUGGGUACGGUGAGAUGUACAUAGGGAGCUAUAUUGCUGUUCAGGCAUGGAAGAUAUUGGCGAAUAAUGUAAAGCAGAUGCGUGGCCAUCUCAGAUUCUAUUCUAUUGUAUUACAGUAUCAAAUUUAUAAAGUGGCUUGUGUUAUCAACUA